UUUUGUUAUUUGUUUGUUGUUUCUUUUGAAGCACGGACGCAUUUUGACUUUAAUUGAAACGAAAUUAAUCGAAUUUAAAAGUGAAGUUGCAACACUAUUCUCUAGCUGAAACAUCACUUUGACAUACAAAUGUACGUUUUGAUUUAUUACAAAAAGGAGUGAAAAUAAAUAUUUUAUCAGGGGCCACGUGCAUUAAAAACAGGAACAAUAAAAUUGAAAAACCAAAUCGUCAUGUCGACUUGUUAUUUGGUUCUCGAAGAUGGCACAAUUAUGCCAGGAGAGCCUUUCGGGGCUGACAACGUACCUAUCAGUGGCGAGGUGGUCUUUCAAACGGGCAUGGUUGGCUACACGGAGGCCCUAACCGAUCGUUCGUACAGUGGACAAAUUCUGGUGUUUACCUAUCCACUGAUUGGAAACUAUGGUGUCCCUGAUCCCAAGGAACUGGAUAAGUACGGACUUCCUGAGCAUUUUGAAUGGUUUGAGGGUGCCGUCCAGGCGGCUGGAUUAGUGGUGGGGGAGGUAUGCGAUAAAUCGUGGCAUUGGCGAUCCCGCCAAACGCUCUCGCAGUGGCUGAAGAAGCACAAAGUGCCCGGCAUCAGCGGAGUGGACACACGUGCCCUUACCAAGAAGUUGCGUGAGAACGGCAGCCUCCUUGGUCGCAUUGUCUAUGGCGAUGUGUCACCAUCGACCGUAAAGCAAUUGGAAUUCAUUGAUCCCAACGCCAAGAAUUUGGCCAAGGAGGUCAGCAUCAAGACGGAGCAAGUCUAUAAGAGCAUUAGUGGAGCUGGUCCCCGCAUUGCUGUGCUGGAUUGUGGCUUGAAAUUGAAUCAGUUGCGUUGUCUUCUGGACCGAGGAGCCUCUGUCCGACUGUUGCCUUUUAGCACUGAGCUAAACGACGAUGAUUACGAUGCACUUUUUCUGUCGAACGGACCGGGUGAUCCGGAGAAAUGCACCGAAAUAGUCGAGCAAGUGCGCAAGGUUGUCAGUGCAGGUAAAAAACCCAUUAUGGGUAUUUGUUUGGGCCAUCAGUUGUUGGCCAAGGCCAUUGGUUGCUCUACAUUCAAAAUGAAGUACGGCAAUCGAGGACACAAUCUGCCCUGUUUGCACCGGGCAUCGGGCCGCUGUCUGAUGACCUCACAGAAUCACGGUUAUGCCGUUGAUCUUGAAAAUUUGCCCAAGGAUUGGGAUGAAUUGUUUGUCAAUGCCAAUGAUGGCACAAAUGAAGGCAUUGUGCAUCGCACAAAACCGUAUUUCUCGGUGCAGUUUCAUCCGGAACAUCAUGCCGGACCCCGGGACACUGAGUUUCUUUUCGAUGUCUUUCUAGAUGCCAUCAAGGGCUCAACACUGUCAAUUCCCCAGUUAAUUGAGCGUCACUUGAGACCAGAACGCGUGGAGCCGCCACCAAGAAAGCCGAGGAAGGUAUUAAUCCUCGGCUCUGGCGGUCUAUCUAUUGGCCAGGCUGGUGAAUUUGAUUAUUCUGGUUCGCAAGCAAUUAAAGCCAUGCGCGAAUGCAAUAUCCAAACGGUUCUCAUCAAUCCCAAUAUAGCCACCGUUCAGACAUCCAAGGGUAUGGCGGAUAAAUGCUACUUCCUGCCCCUCACCGCACACUAUGUGGAGCAGGUAAUCAAAUCGGAGCGUCCCAGCGGAGUUCUGCUCACAUUCGGCGGUCAAACUGCGCUCAAUUGCGGUGUGGAGCUGGAGAGGGCUGGUGUCUUUGCCAAGUACAAUGUGAGGAUUCUGGGUACGCCGAUUCAGUCGAUUAUCGAGACGGAGGAUAGAAAGUUAUUCGCCCAGCGAGUGAAUGAGAUUGGUGAGCAGGUCGCACCAUCGGAAGCGGUUAACACAGUGGCCGAGGCAUUGGCUGCAGCCAAUCGUCUUGGUUAUCCCGUAAUGGCGCGUGCCGCCUUCUCUCUGGGUGGCCUCGGUUCCGGUUUUGCCAACAAUGCCGACGAACUGGAGACACUGGCCCAACAGGCCCUGGCCCAUUCCAGUCAACUGAUUAUCGACAAAUCCCUAAAGGGCUGGAAAGAGGUCGAGUACGAGGUGGUACGAGAUGCCUAUGACAAUUGCAUCACUGUGUGCAAUAUGGAGAAUUUCGAUCCGUUGGGCAUUCACACGGGCGAAAGCAUUGUGGUGGCUCCAUCGCAAACUCUUUCGGAUCGCGAAUACCAAAUGCUCCGCAGCACUGCCCUCAAGGUAAUCCGGCACUUUGGCGUUGUCGGUGAGUGCAAUAUCCAGUAUGCCCUGUGCCCGGACUCGGAGCAAUACUACAUCAUCGAGGUGAAUGCACGACUCUCGCGUAGCUCGGCCCUGGCUAGCAAGGCUACUGGCUAUCCAUUGGCCUAUGUGGCAGCCAAAUUGUCGCUGGGACUGCCUCUGCCGGACAUCAAGAACUCCGUCACCGGAAAUACCACCGCCUGCUUUGAGCCGAGUCUUGAUUACUGCGUGGUCAAGAUUCCACGCUGGGAUCUGGCCAAAUUUGUGCGAGUCAGCAAGAAUAUUGGCAGCUCCAUGAAGAGUGUGGGCGAAGUGAUGGCCAUUGGUCGCAGCUUUGAGGAAGCCUUCCAGAAGGCUCUGCGCAUGGUGGACAGCGAUGUCCAGGGUUUCGAGCCCAAUGGCGCCAUUGUGGAUGAGGAGCUGCUGUCCGAGCCCACGGACAGGCGUCCGUUUGUCCUGGCCGCUGCCUUGCAUUCGGGCAUGGACAUUGAUGAGCUGCAUCAACUGACGAAAAUUGAUCGUUGGUUCCUCCAUAAACUGGAACGGAUCUGUAUUUUCAAAAACGAAUUGGACUUAAGCAAGGAAAAGCUAUUGAAAGCCAAGCGUCUGGGCUUUGCGGACAAGCAGAUAGCCAUGGCCACCAAGAGCACAGAGCUGGCUGUGCGUCAACUGCGUUUGGAGCACUCGAUCCGGCCAUUUGUGAAGCAAAUCGAUACUGUGGCUGGUGAGUGGCCGGCGAGCACUAAUUAUCUAUACAAUACAUACAAUGGGCAGGAGCACGAUUUGGAUUUCCCUGGUGGGCAUAUAAUUGUGGUCGGUUCGGGUGUCUACCGCAUUGGGUCCUCGGUGGAGUUCGAUUGGUGUGCCGUUGGCUGUCUCAAGGAGUUGCGCAAGCUGCAGAAGCAAACCAUUAUGAUCAACUACAAUCCUGAGACGGUGUCCACCGACUAUGAUAUGUGCGAUCGCCUUUAUUUCGAGGAGAUUAGCUUUGAGGUUGUCAUGGACAUUUACGAGUUGGAGAGAUCCGAUGGCAUCAUCCUAUCGAUGGGUGGCCAGUUGCCCAAUAACAUUGCCAUGGACUUGCAUCGCCAGCAGGCCAAAGUGUUGGGCACAUCGCCCGAGUCCAUCGAUUGUGCUGAGAAUCGCUUCAAAUUCUCCCGCAUGCUCGACCGCAAGGGAAUCCUGCAACCCCGAUGGAAGGAGCUAACAAAUCUGCAGUCGGCCAUCGAUUUCUGCGAAGAGGUGGGCUAUCCCUGUCUGGUCAGACCGUCUUAUGUCCUCUCUGGCGCCGCCAUGAAUGUCGCCUAUUCGAAUCAGGAUCUGGAAACGUAUCUAAAUGCCGCCUCCGAAGUGAGUCGCGAGCAUCCCGUGGUCAUCUCGAAAUUCCUUACCGAAGCCAAAGAGAUCGAUGUGGAUGCAGUGGCCGCAGAUGGCCAAGUCCUUUGCAUAGCCGUUUCGGAGCAUGUAGAGAACGCUGGUGUCCAUUCGGGUGAUGCCACACUGGUUACCCCGCCGCAGGACAUUAAUGCCGAGACUCUGGAGGCCAUAAAGCGCAUCACUCGCGACUUGGCCAGUGUUCUGGAUGUGACGGGACCCUUCAAUAUGCAACUCAUUGCCAAGAACAACGAACUCAAGGUUAUCGAGUGCAAUGUGCGUGUCUCACGUUCAUUUCCCUUUGUCUCCAAGACAUUGGAUCAUGAUUUUGUGGCCAUUGCCACACGUGCCAUUUUGGGUUUGGAUGUGGAACCGCAUUUGGAGGUGCUACACGGUGUUGGCAAGGUCGGCGUCAAGGUGCCCCAGUUUAGUUUCUCUCGUCUGGCCGGGGCCGAUGUUCAGCUAGGCGUCGAAAUGGCAUCCACCGGCGAAGUGGCCUGCUUUGGGGACAAUCGCUAUGAGGCCUAUUUGAAGGCCAUGAUGUCCACCGGUUUUGAGAUUCCUAAAAAUGCGGUUCUACUCUCCAUUGGCAGUUUUAAGCACAAAAUGGAAUUGCUAUCAUCGAUUCGAGACUUGGCCAAAAUGGGCUACAAACUAUAUGCCUCAAUGGGCACUGGUGAUUUCUAUGCCGAGCAUGGCGUUGAUGUGGAAUCGGUUCAGUGGACAUUUGAUAAGCUAACUUCCGAUGACUUCAAUGGUGAACUACGUCAUCUGGCCGAAUUUUUGGCAAAGAAGCACUUUGAUUUAGUCAUCAAUUUACCAAUGCGAGGUGGCGGAGCCAGACGUGUCUCGUCAUUCAUGACACAUGGCUAUCGCACCCGCCGCCUGGCUGUGGACUAUUCCAUACCUCUGGUCACCGAUGUUAAAUGCACCAAGUUGCUGGUGGAAUCGAUGCGUCUGACUGGACGUAAUCCGGCAAUGAAAACCCAUACGGAUUGCAUGACCUCGAGACGCAUUGUCAAGUUGCCAGGAUUCAUUGAUGUCCAUGUGCAUUUGCGAGAGCCAGGUGGCACGCAUAAGGAGAAUUUCGACAGCGGCACGGCAGCUGCUCUGGCCGGCGGUGUGACCCUCGUGUGCGCCAUGCCCAACACGAAUCCGUCAAUUGUGGACAGGGAGACGUUCCAACAGUUCCAGGAGCUGGCCCGUUUGGGAUCCCGUUGCGACUAUGCCUUGUAUUUGGGUGCCUCGGAUGCAAAUUGGCCGCAUGCCCAUGAAUUGGCCACCCAGGCGUGUGGCUUGAAGAUGUAUCUCAACAAUACGUUCGGCACAUUGAAGUUGAGUGACAUCGGGGCUUGGCAGCGCCAUCUAUCACAUUGGCCCAAGCGGGCACCCAUUGUGUGCCACGCUGAGAGACAGAGCAUGGCGGCCAUAUUGCUGCUGGCCCAUUUAUUGGAUCGGCCGGUCCACAUUUGUCAUGUGGCGCGCAAGGAGGAGAUCCAAUUGAUACGGGCGGCCAAGGAGAAGGGCAUCAAGGUGACCUGCGAAGUGUGUCCGCAUCAUUUAUUCCUUAGUACCAAGGAUGUGGAGCACUUGGGCGCAGGAAUGGCAGAGGUGCGACCCGUCUUAUGCUCACCCGAGGAUCAGGAAGCCCUGUGGGAGAAUAUGGACUACAUUGAUGUGUUUGCCACUGACCAUGCUCCGCACACACUCGAGGAGAAGCGAUCGGAUAAUCCCCCGCCAGGUUUUCCGGGCUUGGAGACAAUUCUCCCAAUGCUAUUGCAGGCCGUGAAUGAGGGUCGUCUAACCAUUGAGGACAUAAAGCGAAAGUUCCAUCGCAAUCCGAGAAGUAUAUUCAAUUUGCCCGAACAGCCGCACACUUAUGUGGAGGUCGAUUUGGACGAGGAAUGGACGAUUAACGCCGCUGACCUAAAGACUAAGACCCGCUGGACACCGUUCGAUGGCACCAAGGUCAAAGGUCGUGUGCAUCGAGUUGUUCUGCGCGGCGAGGUGGCCUACAUUGAUGGCCAAGUGCUGGUUCAGCCCGGCUAUGGCCAGAAUGUGCGUGCCACCGCAUCGGGUCAGCAAUGCCUCGCCGAGGCGGCGGAAUUGCCCAGCGAUACUGAUGCCAAUGAUACAUUCGCUCGUCUCCUCACCGGCAGCGAACAGGCACCCAAGGUUCACUUCGAGGACGACGCGGGUACGGGUGGCGUUGGAUUCCUGCGUCCCGUUUCGCCUUCGCCUCGCUUACGUCUCGACUCGUCAACCCUGCGUGAGUAUCUGCAAAAGACCACACAGUUGCCGAAUAGUCCGAAUCCAGUGGCCCAUUCGCUAGUGGGCAAACACAUUUUGUCGGUCGAUAUGUUCACCAAGGAGCAUCUAAACGAUAUCUUUAAUCUGGCCCAAUUGCUCAAGUCGCGAGUCACCAAGGAUCGGCCAGUGGAUGAUCUCUUGCGCGGCAAGAUUAUGGCCAGUGUCUUCUAUGAGGUGAGCACAAGGACUCAGUGCAGCUUUGCAGCGGCCAUGCAACGUCUGGGCGGACGGGUUAUCAGCAUGGAUCAGGAUACAUCGUCGGUAAAGAAGGGCGAGACGCUGGAGGAUAGCAUCAAAGUGAUGGCCAGCUAUGCCGAUGUGAUGGUUCUGCGUCAUCCGGAGCCAGGUGCCGUCACACGCGCUGCCACAUUUACGCGCAAACCCUUGAUCAAUGCCGGCGACGGUGUGGGUGAGCAUCCCACCCAGGCAUUGCUGGACAUAUUCACAAUCCGCGAGGAAAUCGGUACAGUCAAUGGACUAACCAUAACCAUGGUGGGUGAUUUGAAAAACGGGCGAACUGUUCAUUCCCUGGCCCGCCUUCUUACCCGGUACGACGUCACACUGAUUUAUUGUGCCCCCGAGGGCCUGCAGAUGCCCAAGGAGCUGACUCAAUAUCUGCACGAUCACGGAGUCAAGCAGUUGUUCUGCAGUUCCCUGGAGGAGGUAUUGCCCGACACCGAUGUCUUAUACAUGACGCGCAUUCAACGGGAACGUUUCUCUAGCGAGGCUGAGUACCAGCGGUGCUGUGGCAAAUACAUUGUCACUCCCAAACUGAUGACACUGGCCAAAAACCGCACCAUUGUACUUCAUCCAUUGCCGCGUCUGGAUGAGAUUAGUCGUGAUUUCGAUUCGGAUCCCAGAGCUGCCUACUUCCGGCAGGCCGAGUAUGGCAUGUACAUUCGUAUGGCUCUGCUGGCCAUGGUUGUCGGUUGCCGCAACACCGCUGCCCUAUGAAGGAGGCAAAUGUGACUUCUACUCGAUUCCUCUCUAUGCAUUUAUAUUUACCCAUCUUUUUUUUACCUUUAUUAUGUGAUAGUUGUUCAAUUGAAAGAAACAAAAUAAUAAAAGCCGGACAAAAUUUAUAACAAAA